GGACGUUUUAAUAAACUUACGAUUUAUUUCUGUAAUAAUUAAAAUAUUUUUGAAAAAUGCCCAUUAAUACUGGUUCUGCAGUUUCACCAGUAGAUUAUUUAAAGGACCAACAAGAAAAGCACAUUAGGUAUUGUUGGGCGUGACAAUUUUGCUGUCUAUUAACAUUAAGUCUUAUGUAGUUCCUGUCUGGUAUAUUAACGAACACAUCUUCAUUCUUUACCACUUUUCUUUACCAUAGAAAGCUAGCCUCAAAUUCCAAUAUUUUUCUAUCAUCAGUGUCACAAGUGGGCGUAGUCUAUAGUAGUGGAGGGGAAUGGAACUUAAAGAAAACUGAUUUAUUGAAACACAACACCUAUUAAUUCAAUGGAAUAGAACGGGUGAAACCAUGUGUAACCUAACCUAUGGCGAGAGGAAGGUAAAACCUUUAGAUGUCAAUCGCUAUGCAACAAAAAAGACAAUUGCACAAGGAAUGCUAGACAUAGCGUUACUAACAGCUAAUGCUAACCAAUUAAAGUAUAUUAUUCAAGUGGGAGACAAACAUGAAUUCUAUAGACCAUUAUUGGUGUUGAUUGCUACAUCAAUAUUAUUACAAGUAUUUAUGGGAUUUAUAUUUUUGACAUUAAACUUAAUGCGAGAUUGUCGUUUUCAUUUAAUUGAAUACAAGUCAUCAUCAUUAUUCAUUAAUCAAUUGCCGGUUGUGUUUACUUUUAUUGUGUUUACAAUUAACAUUAUUAUAAGCGCUUUCGACUCAAGAGUUGCUAUUACCACACCAACAGCUACUUUUAAUACUACAAUUACAAGAGAUUUUAUAUAAUAAUUAAUACCAAUGUACAAUUUCAGUAGGUAAAUUACAUUAAUUGAUAUUUUAUUAUAAAAUAUUAAAAUUUUAUUCAAAAAGUUUUGUAUUAUAAUAAUUACCGUUCUUUAAAUUAAUUAUUUUAAUUAAAAUUUAUUAUCAAAAUUGUCCUUU